UUGGUCUUUGUGGAGCAGCUGUUUGAGAACAAUGCAAUUCGGCCAACCAUUGGAUGCAUUAAUAGCUUUUGUGUAUUCAACCAAUCAGAUAUCGCGUCAACGAGCUUUGCCGCCACAUCCCUUGUCAAAAAUCAAGAUUUCACAAUAGAGCCAACAGACCAUGUUGUUGCCAUAGGACAGCCCCUUCUCCUCAACUGCCAGGCACAAUACAAUGGAUCAGGAAAUGUAUUGAUAUCUUGGAAAAAUAAUAACCUUUGGCUGUUUGAUACCACUAAUACAUCCUGGACCCAGUUAGCAAACUACUCUUUGUAUUAUAGUAGCAUUCCUGCUAAUAGUAUUGGCACUUUCAUCUGUGGAGCUUCAGUUCAAGGCAAACCCUCAGUUAUUUACAGCAGAACUGCAACUGUUCAAGCAGCAUACAUCAAAUCAAAGUAUCUCACCAAUCCAAAAAAUUUUACAAUAAGAUUGGGAGAGGAUGCAACAUUUGACUGUGUUAUUGAAGAAAGCCUACCCUAUGCAACCAUCCACUGGCAGAAGGAUGGAAAGUCCUUUACUGGUGGUGAUGUGACGGGUCCAUACCAAAUUCCAAGCACAAAGGCCACAUCAUCAGCCCUGUCAGUGCGGAAUGUAGCAUUCUCAAGUGCAGGAUGGUAUGGCUGUGUGGCUGUAAAUCCUUUGUUACCCAGUCAGCGAGAGUAUAGCAAGAAGGCAUAUUUAACUGUACUUCCUGCUGAGGAUAAGCCUCACUUUGGUGUGCAUCCAACAAAUAUGAUUGUACCUGAGCACCUUCCAUCAAUUCUUCAGUGUCAAAUUCUGGGUGUGCCCCCACCCUUGAUAUCUUGGACGAUGAAUGGUCAGCCUGUGAACAAUGUGUCUGAUCGGUACAUGCUAGGCAAUGGCUCACUUUACUUUGCUCCUCCAGUGAAUCACUCAUAUGCUGGACAGUAUGUGUGUAAUGGGACAAAUCCAGCUGGAUCAGUCUCAAGUGGUGCUGUGUUUUUUAGAGUGGCAUACUUUGCAUUCAAUUUUCGUAAGAAUCCAACCAAUCAGACAGCUGUUGUUGGUGCUGCCAUCAGGAUGCCCUGUGUCCCUCCUGUUAGUUUUCCUGUUCAGGUCACAAUUAAUUGGUAUCACAACUAUCAGCUGGUUACUCCUAGCAGCAGAAUUUCUAUUGACAACUCAGGAACAAUAACUUUUACUUCCAUUACAAAAUCUGAUGAAGGCAAGUAUUUCUGUGAUGCAACAAAUUCUGACCUUCAUGCCACAAGAACAUCCUCCGUGGCCUUUGUCACUGUAUAUGUUCCACCAUCGUUUCAAGUUCGGCCCAGUAACACCAAUGUCAAACAAGGCUCUCCUCUUAUGUUACACUGCCAGGCCACAGGUGAUCCAAUGCCAAUUUUGACAUGGCAAAAAGAUGGUCAGGCGCUGCAGACUAGUCAUAUGACUGUUCUGUCCAAUGGGAGCUUGUUCAUUUCUAGUGCUGUUAAGCAGGAUGCAGGGACAUUCAGUUGUAUAGCAAGCAAUGUUGCUAGCUCUGUCUCUGUGACGGCAGUUGUCAUCAUUUAUGUUCCGCCAUCACUGGUCUCGCCACCAGAAAACGCCACAAAGAUAGUUGGAGAAACAGUGAAGUUUAUAUGCACGUUCAGUGGAAUUCCAAACCCGAGCAUUCUGUGGAUCUACAAAUCUGAAGGGUCAAUGUUUCAAAUCAACCAAACUGAACAUUACAUCAUUUUGACUGGAUCACUUGAAAUCAGGCAGAUAAGGAAGAGAGAUGAAGGCAACUACAUUUGUCAAGCUAAAAAUGUUGCUGGAAGUUUGGAAGCAUUGGCCUUUUUAAGAGUGAGAGUGCCCUCUGGACUCGACAUGAACCCAAUGAAUGUAACUGUGAAUGAGUCCUCUCCAGCCUCUUUCCGGUGCAAUGCAUCUGGUGAUCCCAAACCAGUAGUCACGUGGUUUAAUGGUCAAACCCAGUUGACUCCAGGAGCUAGGAUUGCGAUUGGUGAAGACAGCCUAACGAUUCUGAGAACGGUCGCAAGUGAUUCUGGACAGUACAGCUGUAAUGUUAGUAAUGGCUUGAAUUCGCAUGUGGGAACCACCUAUUUGCUUGUUCAAGUUCCGCCAAAUAUAACAGUAUUUCACAUACCUCGACUGGUCAAACUUGGUGAGAGUGCUGUGCUAAACUGUUCCGUGAGUGGUACGCCAAACCCAAGUGUCACGUGGUACAGAAACGGCAAGUUAUUGUCCUCGACUACCAGCUUGUUUGUGAUUAGAAGCAUUCGUGAAGCUGACGAUGGAGUGUAUACCUGCAUUGCAACUAACGCGGCGGGAAGGUUAUCCAAGAAUGGAAAUCUAACUGUACAAGUGGUUCCCAGUCCUCCAUUUCCAGUCUCUGCCACAUCGGUAUCUUCUUCUGCCAUUCAGUUGUCAUGGCAACUUGUUUUUGACGGGCACAGUCCAAUUACCAGUUACAAGCUGGAAAUGAGGAGAGAGUCUGAGAGCUACAUCGUUAUUCAAGAGGUCAUCUCUGCCAUGUCAUAUACUGUGAGGAAUCUUCAUCCAUUCACAUUGUACACUUUCAGGAUUUCUGCUCGCAAUGUGGUCGGUUUAAGUGACGGGGCCAAUGUUACGAACAGAACCUUACAAGAUGCUCCUUCGCAACCUACAAACUUGGCCGCAGCAACCUUAAAUGCGACAGCUGUCACCAUCACCUGGGACCUACCAGCCACACCUAACGGUCUGAUCACACGCUAUGAAAUCCAUUAUAACACUGCUGAAAAGAGUGACGUCACCAGCAAAAUGCUACUAGCCAAUCAGCUAUCGGUGCUUCAGGCCUCCAUUGACAGCUUGAAACCAUUUACUCGCUACCAAUUUAAGGUUCGUGCCGCCACUGAGGAGAGGAAUGUUAUGUGGGGAAACUUUUCAGCGAUUACUGAAGCGACUACGGGGGAAGCAGCUCCAGAUGCAGCCCCUCGAGAGAUCCAACUCAGAGCUUUGUCUGCUGAGUCCAUAUUCGUUACGUGGAAGAGUAUUCCCUCGGAGCUAUCAAACGGUAUCAUCAGGGAGUAUAUUGUGAUCGCCAAGGCAGCAGGUCCUUACAGUUUUGACAAUGAUGGAUUGAAGUACUCCACAAAUUCAUCUCUGAAUUUUACAAUACAACGACUUCAUCCAUGGACAGUAUAUAACGUUACAGUUCAGGCCGUGACUGUUGUCUCCGGACCGGAGAGCCUUGUAAAACAAGUGCGGACCCUAGAGGCUGCGCCUGGUCGGCCAUCGAAUGUCACUUUGGAUUCCGUUAGCCAGUACAGCAUCAUAGUCUACAUAGCUCAACCUCUUCCUUCCGAGCGAAAUGGUGUCAUCCGCGGUUACACUGUGUUGUACAGGCAGACCGGCCUAACGGAGGCUGAUUAUCUGUCUGUUAACACAACCUCUUCCCCUUUAACUUUGGCCAACCUUACAGUGUUUACAGAGUAUUCUAUUCAAGCAGCAGCUUUCACUCGCGCAGGACUUGGCACCAAAAGCGAAGUAAAAACGAUAGUCACACAAGAAGGAGUUCCAAGCGCAGUUGAUAACGUGACCGUGGUAUCUGUGAGUUACGACACUAUAACAAUAUCUUGGCAUCCCCCUGUAAGACCUAACGGCAAAGUUAUAGAGUAUAAGAUCACUUACAGAUCUCUUGACAAUAACGCAACACGCAUCAUGACAACAAAUGGAAGUUUGACUACAGCUGACAUCAAGAACUUGAAAGCCAACACGACCCAUUCCAUCUACGUGACGGCGAGAACGAGAGAAGGGGCUGGCGAACAAGGAAUGAUGGUGCAUGUCACAACAGGCGUUCCUCCUCCAGUAACUAUCGCUCCCACGGAACCACAGGUUUCUCCUACUAAGGAACCAAACACUACUGAGGGGGCCCCUCCUGUGACAGAGAAGAGAACCGGGGGACUAAAGCAGGAGGAGAUGACUGUUAUAAUCGUUUGUGUGGCGUUGAUAGUUGUUUUUCUUAUAAUAGCAGCAGUUUACUUUUUGGUUUUUCGGCGAUGGAAAGACAAUAGAGAUGGUGGUGGAUACAAACGAUCAAGAAAAGUACAUAAGUUCAGAGGUGAUUACGAAAUGAACAGGUCCAAAAUGGCUGGUUUCCCUGGUAACGCCGUUCUUGAUGUGACUGAAGAGCCGAGUGGAGCAGACGCCGACAACUCAAGCGAUUCCUUUGACUCCGAUUGGGCUGGCAGCACCAUCUCGUUGCCUUCGCCACCACCGAUACCGGAUUACGCCGAGCCAGAUCUUUGCUCUCCACAGCGUUCCUCAUCGCGUGCAUCAGAUCGCCCGCGGCUGGUGGGCGCACGACCACAUGUGGACUCCAUGAUAAGCCAAGACGGUUAUUCUACCGUCGAGGCACUUGGUGGUGGAGUUUCCAGCUUUGGGCCCCCUCCCCCCCUCCCAUUUCGCUCACUCUCCUUUAGCGAGCGGGGUUCUGACUCUCCUGGAAGUCGCAAGUCAUUCACAAAUAAGGGUUACAACCUGGCGACUGAGCGAGAAGGAGUGGAUCUCGGAGAAGGGAGUCGAAAUGGUUUUCCCAACAGGGAUCUUGCAGGAAUAGAGAACGGGGGUUACGAUUCAGACGAGGAGCUUGACAGGAGUCUUGCCUCCGCCAGCGGUAAGAAAUCGGCAUUGGACAUAGCCCCUCCCAAUCUUGACGAGUUGUAUGCCAAACCUGACUUAAGCAAGAAAAAGAAAUACCGUAAUAAAGGACCACCGUCACGUAGUAACUCUGAGAGCAGCCAGUCUACCGUACAGGCUUCUGGUGGAUUGACGGAUUCGUUUACGAAGCCGGAGAAAAGCAAGAAGACGUUUCACAAGGUGGGCAGCACUCCACGGGAAAAUCAAUCAGGCGGGCAGGACAAUGGGCCAGCUCAUGAUCCUGUGGUUGUGUACGAUGAAAGAACUAACUUCUAUGGUGAUGAUGCAUCAAAGGAAUCGAAUCCAUCAGUGGACAAAAAUGAUACAAAAAGUGUUGAUGAAAGCAAUAUCUCGAGCGCAACAAUUGUCUCCGACUUAAAUAGCAGCGAAAUGGCCGACCCUGUUAAGAAUGAGGAUCUAAUUAACCUAAGUCUUAAACUUCCACCAUCGGCAAACGCUAUUGAGGGGCUGACUAUCCAGGAUACUGGCCCUGCUCCUCCCUCUCCGUAUACACUUCGCAACAGAAAGAUCUCGUUAGGUUCUCAGGACAGUUCCUACGACGAACCUUAUAACAACUUGGAGGAGAUUGACGCUGGCAUAACACCGCCGCCGGAUUUUAACCCCGCUCAGCCCCCGUCGUUUGUAUUUAAUCCCGAAGAAGGAUCGGGCGGUCUUCCCGCUGCUCCGACACUUUCCCGAUCUUCUUAUCCCAAUGAACCUUACGGAGUCGAGGAUAAAUCCGAGGAAGAAGCCGUGGUUAUGGAGGUUAAGGAGAUUGAAAAUAUGGAAGAUGCUAAAGAAACUGAGGAUACAAUCAACGAUUUUGACGAUAUUCUAAACAGUCUUCUCGCGAACGAGCAAAAGGAUGAACCAGAGGGCGCUCAAGGAACUUUCACGAGAUUCGACGGCUAUGAUUCGACCGUAUUGAUGUUUUAGUUUUUCGAAACGAGUAAGCUAGAACAUUUUAUGAACAAACUCACCAAGGGUCAGAUUUCGAAGUCCGGCAGAUUUUUCAUUGGUCUUUUGACGAAUGGGAGAGCUCUCAAAGAACUUUCAUAAGAUCUGACGGCUAGUAUUCGACCGUGUUAAUGUUUAGGCUGGCAAAUUUAAGCAAUCAUUAGCGAUAAUUGAGAACUUCAGAUUCAUAAAUUUAGUCGAAUAUUUUGCUUGCAUGUUCAGACAAGGCAAAUCGGCUUGAGACAUGACUUUCUUAAAACAAACUUGUGUCUCAAUUUCUUUGGAGAGGUCAGUUUCCUGGACUCUCACUUGUACCUAGUUCCAAUGGUAUACUGAACCAUCACUGAAUUUAUUUUUAAUUAGGUUGUUCUUAUAUUGAACCCCUAUUUUAAUUCUUUAAUGCGUAUUUAUAUAUAGAUUUCAAGUAUUUAUUUUCAAUGUGUCUUUAUUCGUUACUUCAUGCGGAGUUUUUUUUAAUAGUUUUUGUAACGUUACAGUGAAUCUGACAAAUGGAGUGGAUUAGUAAGGUGUUUAAAAUGGGAAAGCCCGCCAGGUAAAGCUCACAACAACUAAAAGUAGCUGUAAAUUGUGAUCGCCUGAAAAUUAGAGUGUAAAGGUAAUUAUUCCAAUGACUAGAUUGGUUUUUAUUUUUCAAGAGCUGUUUGAUUCUUUUCAGUUGCUCUACAAAAUGUUGCGCAAGUGUUGGCAAACAGUUAAAGAUGAAGAUAUUGGUGCCUCAGUGUAGCCUGGGAGCUCCCCGACCGAGUACAUUCAUUUGUUUUGUGUUCUUACAUUGUAAAUGAAAGAGAUAUGGUAAGUUCUAAAGAUCGUUCUGUUCAAAAGAUUGGGAUUCUUUUGAACAUUUUCCAUAGCUUGGUCCCAAAAUCUAACAAAAACAUACAGUAAAGAAAUCUGUUGACUUCCCAAGCA